AGAUUACAUGGACGAGCCUCUUCCUGAGGUCCAGUGAGUGAGAAGUCCUGAUCCCAACUGGUCAGAUCCUAGAAGCCCCUUCGAAGGCUGGGUGGCUGGAAGGGAGUGGGGGAGGAAGGCCCAGUACCAGGCAGCCUCUGCUCCGUAGCUCUGAGAGGGUGGGGAAAACAAACCCUGGCCAUCCCUGAGUCUGUAGCCCUUUUGUGUAAGUGCCUGGCAAGGAUGACGUGGGCUGUUCCCCUGAGCACAGCUGCAGCAUGGCCGGGAGGAGGCAGUCCUGGGAGCCCCGCCCUCCCAGAUCCCUCCUCAGGCUUUUUCAGUGGCGGGGACAUGCGUCCUGAGGGCCUCCACUUGGCCUGACCCUGCUGCAGGGGCUCUCUGUCUCCAGGGAGCGUGGAGAUGGCGGGUUUCCUUAGCUCCUCUCUGUCCAGCUGCCUCCCCAGCCUCCUCCUCCUCCUUCAGUUGUCUUCCAGCUAUGCAGGACAGUUCAGAGUAAUAGGACCAGGGCACCCUAUCCGGGCUCUGGUGGGGGAUGAAGUGGAAUUGCCAUGUCGCAUCUCUCCUGGAAGGAAUGCUACAGGCAUGGAGGUGGGAUGGUACCGGCCACCCUUCUCUCGGGUGGUUCAUCUCUACCGAAAUGGCAAGGACCAAGAUGGAGAGCAGGCGCCUGAGUAUCGGGGCCGGACCGAGCUGCUGAAAGGGGCCAUUGGUGAGGGGAAGGUGACCCUCAGGAUCAGGAAUGUAAGGUUCUCAGAUGAAGGAGGAUUCACCUGCUUCUUCCGAGAUCAUUCUUAUCAAGAGGAGGCAGCAAUGGAACUGAAAGUGGAAGAUCCGUUCUACUGGGUCAGCCCCGGCGUGCUGGCUGUCAUCGCGGUCCUGCCUGUGCUGCUUCUGCAGGUGUCCGUGGGCCUCGUCUUCCUCUGCCUGCAGCACCGACUGAGAGGAAAACUUCGAGCAGAGAUAGAGAAUCUCCACAGGACUUUUGAUCCCCACUUUCUGAGGGUGCCCUGCUGGAAGAUAACCCUGUUUGUAAUUGUGCCGGUUAUCGGACCCCUAGUUGCCUUGAUCAUCUGCUACAACUGGCUCCAUCGAAGACUAGCAGGGCAAUUUCUUGAAGAGCUAAGUAAGUUUUCUCCUCCCUCUUGUAAGCUGAGAACAAAACAACAGGGAAGCGGCAAGAGAAAGAGGGGGGCUGGAGAGGGAUGGAAGCCAGAGGAAAGGAGGGGCUGGCUGCAUGGGUGGAGGAAGGAAUUCUGAGGCAGGAGCUGACGCCAGCUUUCCAGGUGGUAGGGAAGGGGGGGCACUCCCACCUGCUGCCUGAUUUGUUGCACCUUCAGUGCGCCUGUGGCAAAACCCCAGCCCGGUGACUCUCUCCCCUUCCCUAUGGCAGCUUCCUGUGCCUCGCCUCCAAGACCAACCCUGAGGCAGGCAUGCAGACAGGAGGAUCCUAGCGGACUUUUCCUCUCCCUGGUUUAAUGGUUUCAUGACAGAAACUGACAGCCUUUUCAAGUUAUUUUCUCCUUCUAGGAAACCCCUUCUGAGUGACGCUGCAUCUUGGCAUAAGUGGAGAGCCUGGUUGGUCCAAGGAUUGGUCCUUGUGGAUGUCGCAUUCAUCAAGCUGCACACUCACUGGCCUCUGUGCUGGGGGAACAUUCCCAUUUGCACUUCCAGGACCACUCAAUCUAAAUUCCAAAUAAGAUUGAUUUCUCUUCUUCUGUCAACUACCUUUCCCCAGCUCUUUCCAUUUUUGUUACCUACGUCUUUCCAACUCCUCUAUCUGGAAGCCUUCCCCCUUCUGUUCUUCACCAGGACACCUGUGCUGGACAGUAACGCACAGGAUGGUCCACCAUGAGCUGAAGACCAGGGACCUCGGGGCAACCUGCAGCAUGCCAACUUUGCAAAUGAUUAUUUCUUCCAAGAACUCAGGCCCAAUGGGCAGAGCUGAGGUGUGGAGGGUGGAAGGGAAAGAACAAGAUAAGUCCAAGACAUCAAAGACAGCGAGGUGAACUGCAGUGAGGACCUGGGAGAAGCCCACAGAAUGCUGGCCAGAGCUCCAUCUCGCCCGGGCAGCCUACAGAGGAGCUAAGGAAGGAGAGGACACAAGCGGGCCACGCACCGCUUUAGAAUCUUCCCUUGUACUCCCACGACUUGUACAGAUGGGUCCCUCAGACGCCUUCCCCCCUUUCAUCCUUUUUCUCCUGUUUUCAUACCAACAGAGUAUCCACUGAUUCAGCAAUUACUUCGUGAUGGUUUGAGACACAAAGAAACAAGCUAGGUGCUAAUUAAUAAUACAAGUUUCCAUGUGCCA